AGACAGGUGAGUGUUGGACGGCCGCGUCGUUACCUGCGUGUUACCUGCGUGUUACCUGCUCACGCGGACCCGAGCCGUUUAAAGACCGGAAACACGAAGUUUGUGGUGUUUUAAACCCGACCAGAGAAAAGAGGCUGUAAAGACGAUGUUGUGUGUUUUGGUGUGUGUGUUGAUGCUCUCCGGUCUCGUCCACGCCGGACCGGCUGACAGCAGGUCGUCUGUUCGGAGACUCACUGACGUCCACCGACACUCCGGAAAACACAAGCUGAAGCUGGACCCUGAAGUGCACAUGAACAUCACGGAGAUCAUCAGGCGGUGGGGGUACCCUGCAGAGGAACACGAGGUUCUGACGGAGGACGGGUACAUCCUGUCCGUCAACAGGAUCCCACAGGGACUCAAACGCACCUCAGGUCCGAGGCCCGCGGUGCUGCUCCAACACGGCCUGCUGGCCGCCGGCAGCAACUGGAUCACCAACCCGCCCAACUCCAGCCUGGGGUACGUGCUGGCCGACGCCGGGUACGACGUGUGGAUGGGGAACAGCCGAGGGAACACCUGGUCCAGGAAACACCAGACACUGCGGCCGGACCAGGAGGACUUCUGGAGGUUCAGGUACAAACACCUGUCUGACGCCACCCGUCUGACGCCACCUAUCUGACGUGACGUCACCUGU